UAAAGUUGUGUGAAUUUUUCAAUAAAUUCUUUUGUCAAAACCACUUGCAAUCUGAUUCAUAGCUGAGCGCCUUGCCGCCGGUUACACCCUGUCUAUAAGUGAAAAUGUGUUUGGUGAUAAUCAUACCUGGGUAGCAACCAUACUGGAUAACCUGGGGAUGUGUUUCCUGAAUUUACGAAAAUACGAAGAGGCGAAGCAUUACGCUGAAAGGGCUGUAGCGAUAAGAGAAAAAACACUAGGACCGACGCACUCAUUGUUAGCUGAGUCGCUAUGUAAUCUAGGAGGUAUCCUCAUGCACAUGGGACAGUACAAUGAAGCCAGAACGUAUUUAGAGAGAGCUCUGCCCAUAGCAGAGAAUGUUCAUGGUGAUGAUCAUCCCAAUGUAGGAGCCAUACUGAAUAGCCUGGGGCUAUGUUUCAUGAAUUUACGAAAAUACGAAGAGGCAAAACAUUACACAGAAAGGGCUGUAGCGAUAAGAGAAAAAACACUAGGACCGACGCAAUCAUUAUACGAAGAAGCGAAACCGUACGCAGAAAGGGCUGUAGCGAUAAGAGAAAAAACACUAGGACCGACGCAAUCAUUGUUAGCUGAUUCGCUAUGUAAUCUAGGAGGUAUCCUCAUGCACAUGGGACAGUACAAUGAAGCCAGAACAUAUUUAGAAAGAGCUCUGUCCAUAGCAGAGAAUGUUCAUGGUGAUAAUCGUCGCAAGGUAGCAGCCACCCUGAAUAGCCUAGGGCUAUGCUUCCUGCAUUUACGAAAAUACGAAUAGGCAAAACAUUACAUGGAAAGGGCUUUAGCCAUAGAAGAAAAAACACUAGGACCGACGCAAUCAUUGUUAGUUAUUUCGCUACGUAUUCUAGGAAAUAUCCUCAUGAA